UGUUAUCGAUUUUCCUAUUUAAGAGAAAUGUUGUAUUAUCACCAACAAUUUAUAUAUUAGUUUAUGUUGUGGUUUAUUGAUCGUGUUAAUUGCUCCAAUAGUUGUUUAUAUAUAUUACCUGAAUAAAUCGUACUGAUAGUGAUGUUGUCUUUAUUACAAGAAAAGAGACCUUUAAAGAGGGCACGAUUGGGUCCUCCUGAUGUAUAUCCUCAAGAAGCAAAACAAAGGGAAGAUGAAUUAACGCCGACCAAUGUGAAACAUGGCUUUGCUACUACGCCCCCAUUGGCCGAUGAGUUUGGAACUGCUCAUAACUCAAAUAUGAACGCUAGCAAAGUUGGUUCGUUUAUUAAUUCUAUUUUAUCUAAAAAGGAAGAACUUAUGACCCUUCAAGAUACUAUGCGAAAGAAGCAACAAAUUAAUUGCAAAGACAAUUUCUGGCCUGUGUCGCCGAGAACAAAAACAGCGUUGGAUGCCUGGUUUAAAGACCUUGCUGGCAAUAAACCCCUUUUAAGUUUAGCGAAAAAGGCACCCUCAUUUAAUAAAAAGGAAGAAAUUUUAAUAGUUCUCUGUGAUAAUCAAGUAAAUAUGCAACGCGCCGUAUGGUUUAUUAAAUUAAGUGCAGCAUACACAUUGAGUUUCUCUGAAUCAAAAAAUAAGAAACGUAGUAUUUAUGACCCUGCUGUAGAAUGGACGGGCAAUAUAAUAAAAUUUAUGAGAGAACUCUUGCCAAAACUUCAUGAUUAUUUUCAACUUGGAACUGAUAAAAAUAUGCAGGGAUGUAAUAAUUUUGGUUCGGGAAUGAAUUUAGCUCAUAUGAUCUCAACUCCUUCCGUCAGUAGUCCUGCAACUGCUCAUAGUCCCUUAACAUCGAAUACAUUGUCAUCAUCAAGUUGUCCCACGUACACAACAAAUGCUACAGCAAACACAUCUGGAAGUAUAGUGUGUAGUGGAUCAGGAUCACCAAUAUCCGGCAUUGGUAGCAACUUCGAGGAUUGCCGAAACGCUUUGAAAUAUUGGAAGUACUGUACACGUCUUUGUAAAUAUAUGCACGAAGAAUCUCUGCUUGAUCGUCAAGAGUUCCUCAACUGGAUUUUGGAAUUAAUCGAAAAAAUACGUUCACAAAUAUCCUUUGAUAUGUCUUUAAAAAAGUUAAUACUUGUAUUUGCUUUGCAAUACAUGCCCGACUUUAUACAAUCAGAACGAUUAAGUAGAAAACUGGCAGUUUUGGCUGCAAAAAAUUUGGCCUUACUUUUGGAAUUAGGGCCGGAAACUAAUUCACCAACAAAGCUUCCAGACGUAAGCGCAUCAAACAUGGAAGUAUCGAAUUCAGAGGAAAAAACUUCAACAAAUAGUUUAGAACUACCCCUAAGUGACUGUAAUAAUUGCCCUCAUCAUCGUGAUAUAAUAGUAUACUUCAGUACUAUACUUCAAACUAUUACUUUAGAAUGUCCCACCUCUUUAAUAUGGAAUGGAAUCAAUGAAAGUCGGGCAUUAUCUUCAUUUUGUGGUAGUCCACUCGAUUUCAUUUCUCUCGUUCCUUCUCAACUUCCGAUGCCGUUCAAGUGCAAAAAUUCGAAUGAAAAUAUAAAGCGGCAACUACAAAUCGCAGAAGCAGAAAUUGCAUUGCGGUCUAAACAUGCCGAAAAUCGUUGGUUUGCUGAAAAAUGGCGUAGUUCUAAAGUAAAUUGUUUUACACACAUACUGGAUAUUCUUGACUAUUUGGAUACUCACUGUUUUGAUCGCAGAGAUAAGGAUAAUAAUAUAGACUUUCUCUACUCAAAAAUAUUUCCGCCGUAUGAUUUAAAGUAUGAAGACACUGAAUAUAGACGAAAAAAAAAUACAUAUAAUCCUGACAAAGACGCUGCCACUGUUAAAAUACUAUGUGAAUGGGCAGUUUCUAAUCAGAGAUGGGGUGAACAUCGGGCAAUAGCCGUUGCUCUGUUGCUGGAUAAACGACAAAUUGAAGUUACUUCAGUUGUAGAUACUGAUAACCAACAAAAUUCAAAUGGGCCAGAUGAAAAGGAUUCUAUAAGUUCAGGAAUUGGAUUGAUUAGUGGACUUCCAGUAUUUCAAACCAUUUUAAUGGAUUUUCUUGAUCACGAUGCUCCAGUUCUGGAAGAGAAUGGAACAAUUCAAAACCGCAUCCAAUUUAUAAAUCUUGUACAUCUUUUCUGCUCACUAAUUCGUUAUGACGUGUUUUCACAUAAUGCAUAUAUGCAUACUUUGAUAUCACGAGGCGAUCUUCUAAGAGAAAAUUGCAUUCCAGAAUUAGAGCAUGUAAAUAGAAAUGAAACAUCUUCGGUAUGUGGGUUAGAGUCGGUUGACAAUAAAGCUUCUCCUUCUCAUCAUUUCGAUGAUGAAUUUAGUUCUGCAAUUGAUUUUAAACAUAGCGAAUUUGAUGACUCGAAUGUCGAUGAUGAUUUGGGCAAACUAUUACAAAAUAUUAAAGAGAAAGGACAACAGAGUGCAUUAGAAACACCAGAUAGUCCGAAAAUAGCUGAUCACUCCCACAUGACUUUAAAUGGAUACCUUAUUUCACGUCACUACAUCUAUACCAAACAUUUUCCCAUACCUCAGGAGGAAGCGUGUAUUUCUUAUAGCAAUGAAUGUAAUCAGAGAUAUAUAUUACUAUUUGGUGUAGGAAAGGAACGUGAUGAAAAAAAGCACGCAGUGAAGAAAAUGUCAAAGGAGAUUUGUAAGCUCUUCUCAAAAAAGUUCAGUAUAGACAUUUCCGAAGGUGGCAAAGUUAAGAAGCAUUCUCGAAAUGAAUUUAAUUUCGAGUCGACCACCAGCAAAUGUAAAAGUAUGUCCUAUUUUGAACAACAUGUUGUUACAUCUCAGUGUGCGAUUGCUGUUUUGGAACAACUCAAUGGCUUUGCAACUGGUAAUAAUAAUUAUUUGCCGGUUCAAGAGCACGUUGCUUUUUUGUUUGAUCUUAUGGAAAUGGCUCUGAAUAUACAUAGCUUGCUAGAUUUUUGUGAUCACAUUCUAAAGGAAUUGACUGAGAUUGAAAAUCAGUUACAAGCUAAGAAGUCUAUUUUAGUUAGAAUAUAUACAACUUCUUUAGCUCUUUAUAUCGUUGGUAUACUACGUCGAUAUCAUUCAUGCCUCUUGCUCAGUACAGAGGAAACUGUAUCAGUAUUCGAAGGGUUAUGCAAAACAAUUAAACACGUAAACAAUCCAAAAGAAUGUAGCUCAGCGGAACGAUGUAUUCUCGCGUAUUUGUCCGAUUUGUAUGAGAUGUGCGAUUUACUUAAAUCUGAUGAAAAUGAGACGGAAUAUUUUGCAAUAAUUGGAAUAAUGAAAGCAUUUAAAGAAAUCUACAAUUCCCCAGAACAAUUAAGUGCCGCACCUCAGUCAUAUAAUCCGCAUUUUUUACAAGAAUUGUUUAUUUCUCCAAAACGUGGUGGUAGAAUAGAAUAUCACUGUAUUCGUCAAUUGCAAGAGUCAACAGCCAACGUUUACAGUUUUGUAUCAAACGCUAUUCUGGCUGUUUGUCAAGAAACUGAUAAUGACCAUUUAAAUGAAAUUGCCAUUUUAUGUGCAGAGUUAACGGCAUCAUGUAACAGCCUUUCAGAAGAAUGGAUUGCUGCUCUUCAAAGUAUUUGCAAUGCCUCGAAAAAACUUCGAUAUCCUCACCUUUUUGAACAAGUGGACAUACAUGACAAUAAAAUUCACAACUCAUUAGCUGUUUUCAUUUGCAUUUUGGUAGCAAGACACUGCUUCUCAUUGGCCGAUUUUGUGCUUAAAUUCGCACUUCCAACAUUAGCAUAUGCAUAUCCAGAAGCCGGUGAAUUCACCACUGAUGCUGAAGCUGGCGCACGUCUUACUUGUCAUUUGGUCUUGAAAUUAUUUAAAACAAUCGAGAUACCACAACCAAGAAUGUAUUCAGUGAGUACUUCUCCGAAUCCUGUAAAUGUUGAAGAUUCUUUCAGCAUAAAGCUAAGCUGUGAUCGUCACUUAUUAGUGGGCGCACACAAAAACAUACCAAUACAAGCAGUUUUGGCUGUCAUUAAGGCUAUAUUAAUUAUUGUUGAUCUGAAAAUACCAACAAUAUCAAGCAAUAAUUCUGUUGCUACAAGUAAUGGAAAGCGGAGUGGUGUUAAUACACCUGUGCAUCCAGGGAGCACUCCAAAGAAUACCGACAGGCCAGCGGAUUUGAGCCAAAUACUUGGUACUAGUGACUUGUCUAAUGUUAGUAAUGGAGCUGAUCAGGAUGUUAAUAAACCAAGUUCUGGAAGUAGUAGUGCAAAAUCUUUGGAGCAAAUAUCUCUGCUUGAAUUUGCGAAUCACGUUUUGAAACAAAUAUGCUCACAAGAACAUGUAUUGGAACGCUGUUUGAAACACGCUGAUAAUUUAUGUGAAAUGAUUAUAGACGAUAUGCUCUCUACAAAACAAGUUCAGCGCGUAUUAUAUAUGAUUUGUUAUCCUGAAGCUGAGUAUAAUAUUAUUUCCGAAAUGGAUCAGAGGUCAAUGAUUAUUCGGAUUUUGGAAAAUCUUGAACAAUGGACUCUUCGAAUAUCAUGGUUAGAUUUAGAAUUAAUGCACCGACAAAUUAUGAACAACCAAACUGAACUUAAUAAUUGGUUAGACACUGUUGCUAAGGCUGCAAUUGACGUUUUUCAAAAAGAUGCUCUAUCUUCUGAAGGCAAAGAAACAUAUAGUGAAAACCAAUCUACGUGGUUAAUAGUUCCUUUAAUUUCAAAACUUACUCCAGCAGUAAAAGGGCGAAUUCUACGAGUUGCGGGCCGUGCACUCGAAAGUAUGAAUUUUUGUGCAAAAAUACUGAAAUCUGAUAAUAAUUGCAAUAGCAAUGGAGAAGAAAGAGAUCGAAUUAGUAGCUCAAUAAAUUGCUCUCUAAGUGGAUUCAACACUUCUACUGGUUUCAAAAAGUUCUCGUUAAACUAUCAACCUUUCUUAGGAUUAAUUUUGUCUUGUUUAAAUGGUCAGGACGAAUACAAGGAAAACCUAUUGAGCUCAUUAUACUCACAACUUUCUCAUUGCCUGCAGUCUUUUACUGAGUAUGAUUCAUCAAACGGAUUUAACGAUCUUCAGGAACGAGAAGAAAUGUUAGAUGCUCUUCAAUUACGUUUUUCCUUGGUAGGUGGAAUGUUUGAUACAAUACAGAAAAAUGGAAACUCGACUACGGACUGGGCUAUUUUACUAGCGCAGUUGGUCUGUCAGGGUGUAAUAGACGCAAGUUCGAAUCGAGAACUAUUUACUACGGUGGUGGAUAUGUUAGUUACUCUUGUUCAUUCGACAUUAUUAACUGACAACCAUUCUGAACGAGAUGAAAAUAAAAAACUGUACCUUAACCUAAUGAAAAAGUUGAAAAAAGAAAUUGGUGAGAAAAAUAAUGCUUCAAUAAAAGUUAUUCGUCAGUUAUUGCCACUUUACAAGCAAACAACCGAGGUAAUAUCAUGCGAGCCGGCCGGUAUCGACAUGAAAGGAAACAAAAUAUGUGAUAUGGACAAGAAACAACUUCGUAUUUCAGACAAACAACGUAUAAGUGUUUGGGAUAUAUUGGAAGGUCAUAAGAACCCAGCGCCAUUAUCAUGGGUUUGGUUUGGUGCAGUCAAAUCUGAAAGAAAAUGUUUAGCGUAUGAAGAAACUCAUCGCAGUCUUAAAUAUCACGCACAUAGUUUAGUUAAACCUAUUAGUUAUUUUUAUGAAUCCCUACCGCUACCUCCAGAAGACAUAGAGCCUGUACCGGAAAAGAUCUGCAUUAAAGACGAGAUGAAACCGGAUACUCCUUCAUCAAUAGAUCAAUCACCUAGUGCAGUAACUACUGGAAGAACACGAGGAAAGGGUACUACCCGCAAGCGUAAGCCGAAAGUUUCGAAAACUUCUCCCACAAAUAUCCCAACGCAUACCCAGGUGGCUCAGCAAUCCCAACAACCUCAAGUUCAAUCGCAGACACCACAGCAGAUGAACGCUCAAGGUCAAAUUAAUCACAUGCAAAUGAAUACACAGGCUAAUGUUCCACAAUUUAAUUCCAAUCAACUUCUACAACAAAAUUCUGCUGUAAUGAUGCCACAACAAAUGCAAGGUAAUUUGCAGCAACUCGGCACCUCGCAAAAUACACAAAUUGGUUUUAUGGGAAACGUGCCCCAGGGAGUAACACAAUUAACUGGUCAAAAUCAACAACAAUGGAUAGGACAAAAUCAAUACCACCAGAUCCAGCAACAACCACAAUUUUAUCCGCACCAAGCAAACCGUUUUGAGCGUCCGCAACAUAAUCAAUCUAAGCAGGCUUUAUGUAAUAUGCUUCGGCAGCGUCAGCCAAACUUUAAUCAAAAUAAUUCAACAUCAUUUAACGCUCUCCAGCAGCACCAACAAAUACGACAAACACAAGGCCUACAAACGCAAAGUGCUGGUAGUUCCGUUCAACAACAAUUCGUUAGAGGUGGAAUGCGUGGAAUAACAGCAAAUCAGAACCAGCUAACGAGUAAUAUAUCUCAGGGAUUGAAUGCAAACGGUAUUCUGGCUGGACAACAGAGCACCCAGAAUGUAAACUCUCAAGCUAGUAAUCAAACAAUGCCAAUGGCUGCAAAUACAGGUAUCAUAAAUACCACUUCAAAUAAUCAAAACAGCUUGAUGAAUGUUCAAUCUGCAUCUGGAUUGGUAGGGUCAGGAAAUGUUUUACAGCAAAACGUUAACAUAGGUGCUGGAAAUUCGAAUCAAAACGUCAUUAAUCAACCAACGUUUCACAAUUUUAAUCAAUAUCAGCAAUCUGGAAUUAUGAAUAAUGGCGCAAAUGGUCAGGUUCCACCCUCUAACAUGGUAGGCUCCUAUAAUCAAUUGAACCAGAGGGGUUCCUCCUCAGAUUAUCUCCAACAACGCGGAAAUAAUUCUGUAACUAAUAAUCGUGGUCAGUUUGUCAAUCCGACUCCUAAUGUAACUAUGGGAAAUAUUAUAGUACAGAAUACUAUGCAGCCUUAUUCAAGGCAACAAUGUACGGGUGGGAAACCGAGUGUAGUUUCGACGCAGCAACAAUUUCAGCAGCAGAGAUUACAUCACCAAAUGAUGCAAAUUCAAGGUGGUAUGGUGCAAUCUCAGAAUCAAACUAUAAACCAACAACAAACACCAAAUUUGGUCGCUCAACUCCAAAGGCAAUUACCAAAUCAACAAAAUAUGCCUGUACAACAAUAUCAACAUCACCAAGCUCCAUAUUAAGCUAAUAUUGAAUUAAACUUCAAAAAGUCCUGUAUAGAGCAUCUAUCUAUGGAACUAUAUUUUCCAUAACGUUUUUUUGUAUAACUCACUACAUUUUAAACCGCAAAAAAUAAAUUUGUGCUAAAUAAAUA